AUGCAGGAAAUCGACUCCAACGUGACAGGGGGGAAUUCCCCAACAUGCCCCAAGCUGGAGACCCCCAAUGAGGACGAUAAAAUGAGAAGAGACAAAAAUGAGGAAAGCCCAUGUGACCCUCCCCUGGAGAAAGGCACAAAUGGAAAGGUAAAUCCUCACGCGCGGGCAAAAUAUAGCCAUGUUAAUAGGAGAGAGGCCUGGAGGAAGAGGAAACCCCACGGUAAUGCUCCUCACGGUGAUGCCCCCCCCGACGGGAAGAAACAGAAAGAACAAAACACCUGCGUGGUAUGCCUCCAAAAUGGAGUAGCGAAGUACAAAUUUGUGUGUUGCUGCGAAGGCUACUGCUCAGUCGCCUGUUUUAAGAAGCACGACAAAGAGGCCUGUUUGGAGGAGCAAAGAAAGAAGGCCAGCAGAUUAAAUGUGCCUAAUUCCCUAGACAGCCAAAACGGUGAGCAUAAAAAGGGCGAAGCGGAAGAAAGGGGUGAUAACCGUAAGGAGGAUGACGAAGAGUCCGAGGAGGACCUGCUGACAGAGGACCAAAAGAUGAAGCUAAAGGAAGACAUCACCUUGAGGAUGCUUCUUAAAAAUAAUUAUGUCCGUUCCGUUUUCAAGCAUCUUACUACAUCCAAGGAUAAAAUCGCCUACCUCUCCAAUUAUAUUAACGACCCCACGAUUGUGCAGGUGGUCGAUCAAAUUAUGAAAUCCGUGGAGGGUUGA